CACCGGCUUCAGCUGGGUAACUUUCUCAUCCCAUCCUCUGUCAGGAAUUUAAAGGCAAGGUCCCAGGCAGGCUGAACAUUAUUAUCAGUUCCUGUACUAACUCUGUCACCAUUGGCACUUGAUAACGCAAGUCAGUGACUCACACCUAGAACACGGGAAGAUUACAGAGAAAGAGUCUUUAAGGAGUUUGAUGCGGUCGAACUGGAAAUUUGAUCACUGAAGACGGAAUUAAAUCUCGAGGAAGUGCCAUGGAGUUUGUGUUGCUUCUGCUGAUUUCCCAUCUAAAUUUCAUUUGUGGAUUCAUCCCAGGCUUCGCCCCACCGGCUGGACUCAAGAAAAAACGAAUCUAUCAUCAGCUCCGCAACCCACCUCCAGAGCAUGAAAUGAACCCAACGUACUGGAGGAACCAAGCCCAAGAAACACUGAAGCGAGCACUUAACCUACAAAAGCUUAACACUGGUGUUGCAAAAAAUAUUAUACUUUUCCUUGGAGAUGGAAUGGGGAUACCUACAGUGACAGCUGCUCGGAUACUGAAAGGCCAGCUGGAAAGCAAAACUGGAGAGGAAGGCUUCUUGGAAAUGGAUAAGUUCCCCCAUGUAGCACUUUCAAAGACCUAUAACACCAAUGCCCAGGUACCUGACAGCGCAGGCACAGCAACGGCCUAUCUCUGUGGCGUCAAGGCGAACGAAGGCACCGUGGGUGUGAGUGCGGCUUCAGUUCGGAGACAGUGCAAUACCACCUUUGGCAAUGAAGUAACCUCCAUCCUGAAGUGGGCCGAAGAUGCUGGUAAAUCCACAGGCAUCGUAACUACGACCCGGGUACAGCAUGCCACGCCCAGUGCUUCCUAUGCCCAUUCUGUGAACAGAGACUGGUACGCAGAUUCCGACAUGCCCUCUGAGGCCCUGGAGCAGGGCUGUAAAGACAUUGCUCAGCAACUUAUUUUCAACAUUCCUGGCAUCGAGGUGAUCAUGGGGGGUGGCAGGAAAUACAUGUUCCCAAGGGACACUCCCGAUAUUGAAUAUCCUAAUGACUGGAAAGCCAAUGGAACACGACUUGAUGGGAAGAAUCUGGUGGAAGCAUGGAAAGACAUGAAAAAGGGCAAGAACGCUCAUUAUGUCUGGAACAGAGAGCAACUCAAAAGCCUUGACCUGACCAAAAUAGAACAUUUACUGGCCCUGUUUGAACAUGGUGACCUCCAGUAUGAGCUGGAAAGAAAUAAAACAACAGAUCCCUCCCUGGAAGAAAUGGUGACAACAGCAAUCAGGAUUCUCAGCAAGAAUCCAAAAGGCUUCUUCCUACUUGUGGAAGGUGGCAGAAUAGACCAUGGACAUCACGAAGGGAAAGCCAAGAUGGCUCUGUAUGAAGCUGUGGAGAUGGAUAAAGCCAUUGGGAGGGCUGGCUCCUUAACCAGAGACACAGAUACAUUAACGGUUAUCACAGCAGACCACUCUCACGUUUUUACCUUUGGUGGCUACACCUUUCGGGGAAGCAACAUAUUUGGACUCGCUCCAUAUUUAAGUGAUGUGGACAGUAGGCCAUUCACUUCAAUACUGUAUGGAAAUGGACCAGGCUACUCCCUGCAAAAUGGAGAAAGGCCCAAUGUUUCCAAUAGUGAGAUCUACGAGAACAAUUACCUGGCGCAGUCGGCGGUGCCGUUGAGGCAGGAAACGCACGGGGGCGAAGACGUCGCCAUCUUUGCCAAAGGCCCGAUGGCUCACCUUUUCCACAGCGUCCAUGAACAGAACUACAUUCCUCAUGUGAUGGCGUACGCAGCCUGCAUUGGUCAGAACAGGGAGCACUGUGCCAAGUUUGAGCGUGGGCCCUGUCCCAAUGCCGCAUGGGUCCCUGUCGGGUCUGGCACCAUCUUACUGCUAUUGUUGACGCUACUUUCCUGCGUCUAAAGGAGCGGCUUCUCAGAAGGGUGGACUGCGGUCCCCCAUUCAUCAGGAAUUUUCCCCUCCCCCAAUCCCUCCCACCCCCUUACAAACGCAGUGAUUCUGGUCUGUGGAGCAGUGCGAUCGCAGCAGAACGGGAGUAGGACUAAGUGUUAGUGCUCCAGCAGACAUAACCCUCACACUGCUCCAUGCAACAGAGCGACCAUCACCCUUCCUCUUCCCUACCCAACCUUGUUUACCCCUUUGCCAACCUCGCGUUGAGACAUGCAAUGAAAUGCAUGAACCUGAACUAAAAACCACUAGCCAACUGCAUAGCAAUAGGAACAUUCAAAGAUCAGUUAUUUUUGUGCUCUUUGCAGCACCUGGCCUCCCUCCUUCCCCCCUCCCUAUUGCAGCUUGGCUGUUCUGCAGACUUGACUCCAGGUGUCUUUGUUUGUCCCCCUGUUGGAUACGGCCCAUGCUGAGAAUGUCGGACUAAAUGGGCCCUGCAUUGUUCUGUACAACCACCUUCCUCUGCAAAAGGACAAUGUUCAUUGCUCAGAGUCGUUUCCUCACCUCCCCUCGGACCCCGUUUAAUCUCAAUCAGACCAGCACCAAUGUGUAUGAAGGAGAGCCAGCACUCCACCCAUUGCAGUGAGAUUCUCUCAGGGCUCGAACUAGACCUAGAUCUAGACAGCACGGUGUCUCCUGUUCAAGCUGACACUGGCUUAUGGGUUAAAAAGCAAUUACAUUUAACGACAGAAUGUGUCAGCUCAAACAAUCAAGUCGCAGGGACAGUAAAGAAAUGUAUGGCCAAUUGUUCGAUUUCCGUCCUGGGUUUUAAUCACAGGAUGGCUUUCAGCACAAGCUGGUUAUGCAGGGGCAUCCCUACUGUCUUAUUAAUAAACCUGGAGGGUAACGUGAGUGAAAUGUGAGGAAAGCAGCCCAGGCGAAAGAUUAUUCGGAGCUAAUUAUCCAGGGAGUGAGGUGCAAGAGCUGGCAGAGUGGAUUAAUCAUGUUUCUUGUGGUUGCAAUGGAUUGGUGCUGGCUGACAGUGCUGGCCUUGCCAAGAUUCUUCAUUUCAAAUCCCCCUAAAGGGUAAACAUAAUCCAAUUGGUCAAAAUGCCCUGCAAUGUUAUCUGUUUUUGUGUAAGCCAAUCAUUCCUCUCAUAUCCUGCCUCAAAUCACUAAUGUUUCAGACAGUCAUUGUAACUGGAGAAUGAAAGUUACAUUUGCAGAACACUUAUUUCAUUUUAUUGCACUUUUCCAUGUAUAAGGAGCAGUUUAAAUAUCAAGCAUUAAGCCAGCAAGUUACUUCUGUCUGCAUGUUCUGUUAGUAUUUAUCCCUUGUUUUGUUUUAAUGAAGUUCGAAGUUUGUUGGUAUUGGGACACUGUUGUCAUGAGCGGGAGGAGUUGGUUUCCCCAUUCUCUAUCAACACCCCGCUCUGACCAACGACACGGUGAUAUAUGAUGCAAGGCAGCUUGGCUGUCACUGUGUCUUGCUUCUUCUCCUCUCCCCUGGGACUGAGGGCAGUGCUAGGGGGAGACUGUCCAAUCGAUGUGUCAGGGAUGUCAGUUUCGAUAUGACGAUCAACACACCAAGAUCUAGGAAUCCCAGAAUCCCCAAGACGUCGUUCAGAAAAGGGGGUGUUCUUCAUUCCUGGAACUCGAGUCCAACCUGGAGUGAGCUCUCUGACCUCCAGCUUAGUCAGAACAUCUGGAUGAUUCCCCCAGCUUCUACAGAACGACGGGUUGUUGGGGCAAGAUUGCAGAUUCAAAACUACACAGCACAUCAGUAAUCCAACUGAGUUACUCCUGAGGAGCAGAAAUAUUUUAACAACCAUGAGAUCAAAUAUACAACACAUUUUGUAAAUCAAAUUUCAAACGUCAGUCUCAAAUUGUAACCAUUUUGUUGUGUUACUGAUGUCUAUCCUGUUUGAAAUUUCAGAAAUCUUUUAUAAAAUAAAGUUUUCUUUUCACUGUUUUA